AGCAGUCAAACAGACAGGCAAAAACUGUUGCACAUCACAUACUAGGCCAAGUAACAGGAAGGGACGGCAUCCAUUCAGGGAAUGUAAUGGAAAUGAGCAGAGCAGCCACUCUAUUGCUCUUGUCCACACAUGUGUCCUAUGCAGAGGCUGUGCAUGUGAGCGACCCAAUUGUUUGCUAUAUUUUAGAUGUAAUUCUGCUGCUGUAUUCCAUCAUUUUUACGGCUCUCUACUUCCGAGUGAAGUUUACAAGGGAAGAGCCUAUUCCUGAUGAACCUGCAACCCCAGCACGAAACCCCAAUGAGCCUGUAUACACAGACUUGGAUCUGCCUCAGAUGAGUUCUGAUUAUCAGCAACUGAACAGACCGAUUAGAAGACGAGAAGAGGAGACACAUUAUCAGGAACUGAGAGGACAAUCAAAUGAAGAAUACCAGGAAAUAAAAAAAACAGGAACUAAACCUCGCACAGGCAACAGCAAACCUAAAGAGGCUCGAACGGGAAGAAAAAGGAAUGCAGCUGAAACUGUGGAGAUGGACACUUUUGUGGCAUCACGAAAUUAAUCAUGCGUAAACUCAACAAGAACAACACACACACACACACACACACACACACACACACACACACGCAUACACGUGUUAUCAUCUAUCUAAUAUAUAUAUAUAUAUAUAUAUGCACAUUCAUAUUUUUUUGUGUAUUUAAUUUGAUUAUAUAGCCUGUAAUUUGCUGUUUCGUUUACAAAUGCAAACUUUUGUUACAAUAGAUGGUCUUAUAUGCUUAACACAUAAGGAAGGCACUGAUAAUUUUGUAAGAUGUAAUUUAUGAACUGGACUUCGAAAGUGUUAAAUAGUCCCAGUCAGCAUGUGACAAAACUAAAUGUUAAAUAAAUGUUUUUCUGCAAUUACUAAACAUAUGCAUAAAAUAAAAAGUAAUAGCUAUUCAACAAAUUAUACACAUUUUCAAAUUCUGAAAGACCAAAGACAUGUUAGAAUAUUAAAACAGUUGAAAAAUGGUUUAAUGAUGUUUACAACAAAAAAAAGAGAACUGUACAGUUACAGUAAAAGAUUAAUAUAUAUAACAAAAAAAAAAAAAAUACAGCAGACAAAUGCAUUAAAGCUACCAUGAUAUCCUGAUUCACAUACUUUUAUUCUACACAAUCAUUCAAUUCUAAGCUACAGUGAUGUAGCCAUUUAGCGUUCAGUCUAGGGUUUAUGUUCUUGAAAACAGGCCAUGAGUGGCACAAGAGUUCAGCUUUGUAGUGAUACACAGAACCCAACCAAUCAUCACUAUGACAACGAGUUACAGCAUUCUGAAAGGAGAUAUAGGAGUAACAAUCUACAGUAUGUGACAGGGCAAGAAUGGAACACUUUCCUUAAGAUUUAGCUGAAGGAAAUACAGAAAUGAGAAAUGAGAGUAUAGAGGGAUUUCUUUUGAAAUCAUUGACAAAGCAUUAUGUACAUUUUCAUUUUUUUUCCUCUUUUUGUUUUAAAAACAAUGAUAAAUUGGGCAGUGAAACUGAUAUCACAUACAUUGACACAUCCAAAAACAUACAAAAAUACUAUUUCGUUUACCUACAGUAAGACAGUUUUGCCGUUAAUUCCAUGCUGUGACAGAAAAAGAACAACAAAUUCAACAAACAAGAAAAUGAACCCCCCCCCCAAUAAGCAUCUCAGAAAAAUACCAAAAUAUACAUCUAAGCUUUGGAAUUACUGAGGUUAGGACUAAUGCCAGAGCUGGUUUCUGUUUCUUAAUACACAAGCUGAAGGGUUUGGGAAGCAAGAAGGAAAAAAACAGUCAUCUUUGGUAUCUGCAUUUGUAUAACAUUUCAUAUUUGGAUUUUUGCUUUGGAAUAGAGCUUAUAGUUUCUUUCGACCCUUCAUUCGGCAAUAAAACUAUCAAAAGGAUUGUGUCAUACAGACACUGCCCUUGCAAGAUGGACAACAAUGCAUAGUUGCACAGCUGAUCAAUCACCAAUUGAAAUCAUGAUCGUGGAAACAGCAAAGCUAAAUAAAUACAUUGACAGAACACCCAAAUCACGGGACAAUGGCACCUAAAAGUAUGGAGAGACAUUACAUGUUUUCCGUAGACAAUCAUAGAAAGUGUUGUAACUCCAGAGAACAGUUCAUCCAGAGCAGGUUGCAGUGAGCCCAGGAUAUCCUUCAGUGUGUAUUAAUAAACAUCACCCAGCCUGAGGUGUUACUUUGACAAGUCCUUUCAAGAAGCCAGCAGAGCUUUUCCUCUUUUUACUAAACCCCACCCACUUGGCCACAUGUGUGACCAAUGAUCUCAAAAGUUGAGGCAGGUUACUAGGAGAGAGUUUAGUCCAUACAAUCACUUUGAAAGUCUUUGGUUACCACAGAGAAGGUGAGGAACUUGCAGACCGCCAACCCAAAAGAACAAACACAAGCACACAAACCAUGCAGCAAAACUCAGAAUGGGGGAAAGAUGACGAUUGUCAAAUCAUAUAAAAAGCUUUGGUAUAAAAUGAAUAAGUGGCUACAGUGUGAACUUUAGUUUAUAUAAAAAGGAAAAUAUAAAUAAAAGUGGAAUGAGCUUCUAAAUUCUGGCUAAUAUGCAUGUGCUUGUAUGUCUUGCAUGCCUUUUUGUUCUUCUUGGUGUCAAUCCUGUUUCUCACUCCAAAAAAUAUACUGACAACUGCGGGCUUCCUGUUCUGGGACAGUAAUUUUUGUAUUUAUUUCAUUUUAUCUUAUGAAGAAGAUUUAAGCACAUUUUUACUCGGUUAUAAAUGAGGUAUACAACAGCUCCUUUACUCAGACCAGCUCUCACUCUUAUCUUUCUGGUGCAUGACCUCUUCUGCAACUAUCCUAUUUUGUCACUAGACUGAGGGUCUACAGCAACAAUAUAUUAUACAAUCGGAAAACUACCCAAUCACACACCAAAAUCAAGUGCCAAAGGGAUCAUUUACAGCCAAGUGGUCAAUUGCAUCACAUUAUUAUGAUGCUUCCUUAUAUCCACUAAUAUCCAAAAAAAAAUUCUGAGUUAUGUCAUGUCAGACAGAAACUACUUUCUAUACAGUAUUAAAAGGAAUAGUUUGCCCAAAAAUGGUGUCAUCAAAAUCUGACCACAAUUAGAUCGCCUCAGUCACCAUUCACUUUCAUUGCAUUUUUUUUCCCCAUUCAGUGAAAGCGAAUGGUGACUGAGGCUAACAUUUUGCCAAACAUCUACUUGUGUUCUAUACAGUUAAGAAAGUCAUAUGGGUUUAAACACAACAUGAGAUUGAGUAAAUCACUGAAUUUUUGGGUGAACUACCCCUUGAAAUUUUUAAAGUAAAUGCACCACCAGCAACAAUCAUGCCACCCCCCAACAUAUCAGCAGGAGUUGAGUUAUUAGUAAAGCUUUUUCAACAGGUAUCCAACCGGCUUGAAUUCUACCUACAUAACAGGUAGCAACACUUCCAAUAUAUCACAAAACACACAUAGAACUCACAGCAUUAUUUUCAUGGUCGAUAUGCACCAUGUGAGUAUGACAUUGGUGCAUGCUUGGGUGCAUCUUCUUUCACAUGCACACACACAAAUCAAAAACAAAAAUCAUCUCUUGCAUAAACAUACUCACUACAAUUUGCUACAAUGCGUCAAACUUCUGAAAUAAUAGUAAGGCAUAAAUGAUAAAUGCAAGUUUUUAUCAAACUAAGAAAGCCGGUGACCUUGCUCCCUCAUGAUAUACAAAAAAAUGCAGUAAAUAAAUUCAUGAAAAUGAUUGUUAAAGUUUGUAAAAAAAACA